AUGCGGUCACUCACUGGUCACUGCUCACUGGUCGCUGCCCUGACCGUGCCACCGGAGGCACGUUUGCCCUUGUGUUUUUCACGUCAUUCUGGGAGCACGGUGACUCAUGGAUAUAAAAGCGAGUCCCAGGCCGCUGCGCGCACACCGGGGCUCGCGGGACUUACCGAAGACAUGUCACUGCGGCGCGGGCUCACGUGCGUGCUGCUGCUGCGCGCCGCCGCUCUGCUCCACGCUGCGAAGUGGAGGUACUCUGGUCCGGAGGGGGAGCAGGACUGGUCCGGACAGUUCCCAUACUGUGGAGGCGUGUUCCAGUCUCCCAUUCACAUCACCUCGGACCUGCUCCGGUUUGACCCAUCGCUGGGCGCCGUUGCUCUGCACAACUACCACCUGCCACCCCAUGAGCAGCUCACUCUGGGCAACAAUGGGCACUCGGUACAAAUAUCACUCCCUUCUCGCAUGUACAUAUCCAGCCUGCCUGACAGAUACACGGCGGCUCAGCUUCACUUCCACUGGGGCUCGGCCACUCGACCAAUGGGAUCGGAACACAUGGUCAACAAUAAACAGUAUGCAGGAGAAAUGCAUGUGGUCCACUUUAACUCAGAGAAGUAUCCAAACAUGUCUGUGGCUGUGGACAAGUCGGAUGGAUUGGCCGUGCUCGGAGUCUUCAUCGAGAUUGGUGGAUAUAAUGCAGCUUAUGAUCAGUUCCUGAAAUUCCUCAAUGGCAUUAAAUACAGAGGUCAGAAAGUUCAAGUCCCCGGUUUCAACAUCAGAGAUCUGUUCCCUGCACGUCUGGAUGAAUAUUACCGCUACGACGGCUCUCUAACCACACCCCCCUGUUACCCCAGUGUUCUGUGGACAUUAUUCAGGAGUCCUGUGACCAUAUCGCGCUCUCAGUUCUUGUCCCUGGCCACAGCUCUGUUCUCGUCUCUCGCUCAGGAGUCGACCUCUGAAACUCUAAACAAGAACUUCCGCAGACUACAGUCAGCCGACAGUCGUGUGGUGCUCGCGUCUUUUAAAGAGCGCCGAGGACCACAUGCCCCCACUGUCACCCCUCGCUUCAUGAGGAAGCACUUAGUGCAUCAGCUGUUGGAGGGGGACCUGGCUGACCUGGCAGACGAGGGGCUGUACCAGCUACUGCCCAGCGUGGCCAAGCUUCCAGACGGCAACAUGAAAGAUCUGCAUGUCCAGAGAGGACCUAAAGCCAAGAAGCAGAUGACAAGUCCUCCUCAGAGGAAGAGCCUCUCUGUGUUGGAUCAAACAGCUCUGUGCUUUGUGUCUCAGGAGGAGAAGGUGAUGCGUCAGUUGCACCAGGCUCACGCUGACCAUCGACUCGUCCAGACUCUAGAAGACCAGGUGUUCCCAGAGCUGAACCUCCGCAGUUACCUGGACUGUAGGUCUGAUCUGGCUCUUCCAACUAUCAGACACAUUCUGAGCGGCCGGCCCACAGAUGAGGCCUGGGAGCUGGACCAGUCUCUAACCAAAGCCCUGUCCGGUCAGAGGAAGAGAUCCCCUGCUGCCAAGAAGAAGAAGCCUGUAACCAACAGCAGCAAACACGGUCCCCCCACAAGAGCCCCCAGAAAACCUCCCAGCCACGGGCACACACACCCUAGCCACGGCCUCACACACCCCUGGCUCCUGCCCAUGGAGUGGGAGGACUGA